UAUUUCAAUGAAAGAAUUUUACAACGGAAUAUGACUUGGCAAUGGUCAAUGAUUUUGGAAACUAGAACCAUGAACAAGCCAUACACACAAAAGAAGAAGAAGAGUUUAGUUUGGCUAUUCCUGUUCAUAAUUGUGCUUCAUGAAAGAUGGGUACCAUAGAGUUAAUCUUCAUGGUCUUAAUCUGUACGCAAUCUCUGCUGGUAUAUGUUCAGUCUCUUACAAAUUAUCACGAUGUAAAUGCCUUAAGAGCUCUACAGGAAUUGUGGAGUAACACACCGCCUAGUUGGGUUGGGACAGAUCCAUGUGGAAAAAGUCCUUGGGAAGGAAUUAACUGCACAAAUUCACGCAUUAUAUCCAUAACAUUAGGAGGCAUGGGCAUAAUUGGCCAACUUACUGGAGAUAUCGCAUCGCUGGAUGGAUUACAAUCAUUGGAUCUUUCAAAUAACAAGGGCUUAUCGGGGCCUAUUCCUCCAUCAAUUGGAAAGUUGACUAAGUUGUCAAUUUUAAUUCUGAAGGGUUGUAGUUUUUCGGGUCCAAUUCCAGACACCUUAGGAUCAUUAAAUCGACUCACCUUUCUGUCUUUAACUUCAAACAGUCUAAGUGGGCCGAUUCCUCCAUCGCUUGGUAACUUGAAUGAGCUUGAUUGGCUUGAUAUUGCUGAAAAUAGGCUCACUGGAACUAUCCCCGUCUCUAAUGCAACUUCUCCCGGUCUUGAUCUAUUGGUUAACGCGAAACACUUUCAUUUUGGAGGGAAUCAACUUAACGGCACAAUCCCACCUACACUUUUCAAUUCAAACAUGAAUUUGAUACACCUCAAGUCCCAUUAUAGUAUUAUAAUUGGGGCAUCCAUUGGUGGGUUUGUUCUUGUCAUGCUGGCUAUCCUUGCAGGAGUUGUUGCUUUCCGUCAAAAGAAAAGAGCUGAAAAGGCUGACAAGCAGAACAAUCCUUUUGCUUCUUGGAUCCCUGACAAAAGUAGUGGUAACAUUCCUCAGUUGAAAGGAGCCAAGGCAUUCACUUUCGAAGAGGUGAAGAAAUAUUCGAAUAAUUUCUCCGAGGCCAAUGAUAUUGGCUCUGGUAGUUAUGGCAAGGUGUAUAUUGGAACACUUCCAAAUGGGAAAAUGAUUGCAAUUAAAAGAGCAAUGAAAGGAUCCAUGCAAGGAGCAGUUGAGUUCAAAAGUGAGAUUGAGCUUUUAUCAAGGGUCCACCACAAGAAUGUCGUUAGCCUGGUUGGAUUUUGUUACGAUCGAAGCGAGCAAAUAUUGGUUUAUGAGUAUAUCCUAAAUGGUACUCUAAAAGAUAGCCUUUCAGGACAAUUAGGAUUCAAAUUGGAUUGGGCAAGAAGGCUUCGGAUAGUUCUCGGGGCAGCUAGAGGAUUACAAUAUUUACAUGAACUUGUUGAUCCUCCAAUCAUACAUAGAGACAUUAAGUCCAAUAAUAUUUUACUAGAUGAUCUCUUUAAUGCUAAGGUUGCAGAUUUCGGUCUCUCCAAGGCUAUUGGAAACCCUGACCAAACACAUAUCACUACUCAAGUCAACGGCACUAUGGGAUACAUGGACCCAGAAUACUACAUGACGAAUCAGUUGACUGAAAAGAGCGAUGUUUAUAGCUUUGGAGUGACGUUGCUUGAACUGGUAACUGCUAAACAACCGAUAGAAAAAGGUAAAUACAUAGUAAGAGAAGUGCGACAAAGAAUGGGAAACAACAUUCAAGAAGUUAUUGACCCUUUCCUGUUGGGCACAACAGUACUGAACGGUUUGGAGAAGUUUGUUGAUGUUGCUUUGAGAUGUGUUAUUGAGACUGCAGACGAGAGACCGACAAUGGGACAAGUGGUGAAAGAAAUCGAGAUCAUAAUGCAAUUGGCUGGCUUGAAUCCUGAAGUUGAGUCCCCGGUUAUGUUUGAAAACUACGAAUGGAAUAGCCAAAGAUUUAACCAUCCUUACAAUGAUGAAAGCCCCUUUGUUUAUAGUUGGGUUUUCCCUCAUUCACCUCUAGAACCAAAGUAAGGAAGGAAAACAGUUCAUUUACAUUGACACAAUUGAAAAUUUAUAUUUGAACAUUUAUAUUUAAGAAGUGC